UGUUUCUUUCCACCGCACAAAACAGGUUUGCUGCGAAUUAUGCCAAAGUGCACACAUUCGUAUAGAUCCCACACCUUCAACGUUGGCGGCGUCCGCGACACGGUCCAAGAACGGCCAACAUCAGCAAUAAUCCUUCGACAACCAGGGAGAGCACCUGUUGAUAGAUGGCGCGACAAAAUCGGGGACAACAUUGGCCACUCUAUGCGCGGAGAAAAGGUGGACGAUAGCAUGUAGACCUUGAAUCAAACUUGAUGGAAGGGCAAAUCCAUCGUGCCGUCGGAUACACUAGGUAGGUGCAGAGAGAAGCCCAAGAAAUGCGAGGAAAGUACACUCAUGGAGGCGACACCCCCCUCCAAGCGCUAGCGAGACCGUCACUCAACUAUAUUGG